CUCGCUUGCUUUGUAAACAUUGGCGAAGUACCUGCGGUACCGGAAGCCAAGUACCUUCAUUCCUCAUGAUCUUGGCUAAUUGAUAAACUUUUAACUAAUACGUUUCAGGAAUAAGUAAAUAACAGAAAAAUGGAGGCUUCGUUCCAGCAAGUUGAAAGUGACAGUGAAAAUGAUGAUGACAUGCCCGUAACAUUCGAUUUCACGCGGAGGUCAUGGCGAGAUGAUGUUACAUUCCUCAUUGAAGAUAAUCGGCUUUAUGCAACCAAGGCAAUAUUAGGAAUUGCCUCCCCAGUGUUUGAAGCAAUGUUUGGCUCAAGUUUUAAAGAACGAGAUCAGGAAGAAAUUCCUCUGCCAGGUAAAAAUUUUGAAGACUUCAACGAGUUUCUUCAUUGCAUUUAUCCAAAAUCACAAAGGGAAAUAGACGAGGAGAAUGUGUACAAAGUUCUUCCACUGGCUGAUGAAUACGAUGUGAAAUCUUUGAUUAAGGAGUGUAAACAGUUCUUAAGUUCUCAUAUAAUGAGUGAGAGCACAUCAACUCAUGACGUUAUGUUAUGUCAUGGUAUAGCAACUAGACAUAAAUUCAAAAGUAUCAGGGAAGUUUGUGCAAGACGACUGUCAAAUAUUGGACUUAAAGAAAUAGAAUGUAUGGAACACAUCAGCGAUGCUGAAACACUUCUACAAAUUCAUAAAGAUAUUCUAAGAAAACAAGGUGAAGCUUUUGAGGAAACCCGGACGGAACUGGUUAACCUGUACUUACAUAAAGACCUAACUGUGAAAGAUGAUGUUGCACCAAUAACCCCAUCAGAAGCCAGGGGUUCUAUCAUUAAAUUUGAACCAAUGAUAAAUACACUAACAGAAAAUAAGCGAACAUUAAGUCAGUCAGUGAUGCUAUGGAAUUUAACCUUCCAUAGUGUUCUGAGAAUAAUCAGUGUGAACAAUGAAGAAUUCAUUUCAUUGUACCUCACUGCUACAUAUCCAGAAGAUGAGGAAAAUUUUGUGUGCAGAGUUAAGGCAAAAUUUCUGAUUAAAUAUGCCGGUACAGAUGAAAGUGCACGGCAUAUUUGUCGAUCAAUACGUGAAAGGGAAUUCACAAAUGAUGGCAAUUCAUGGGGAUUUGAGAAAAUUGCAAAAUUAAAUUACCUUAUCAAAAAGGGAUAUGUUGCAAAUGACACACUAAAUAUUGCAAUCUAUGUAUUGGCAAAUAAGCCAUUUUGUAGGAACUGAUACCAAUUUUCUGUUAGUUGGUCAGUUUGUGAAUUUCCAAAGACUACAGAUUUAUUAGAGAAUAACCACUGAGAUAUAGAAGUUUAAGUGUAUGAAAGUUCUGUAAGAAUUUGUGGGAGUGAAUCAGGUUUUUUUUUAAUUAUAAUACACUAUCCUUGCUUGAAUUGAGGCUUGUUUAUAAUAUUUUCUUGAAUUUAUACUAAAUGUAAAGUUUUUCUAAGAUGGAGAAUGUUUUCUAGUAUAUCCGUUCAGAAUUGCAGAGUAAAAACAAAGUAACUGCCCUUAAAUCAUUGUAAACUGUUUUUGUCUAUUCACUGCCAUAUCUUUUUAAUAAUAAGUUACUGUGAGUUUUUGUAAUGGACCCUGCAAGUAUUCUGAAAAUUAGUAAUUUUUGGUAAUUUUCUAAUAGUUUUUUUCUUUUGAUACCUUUGACAGAUUCGUAAAAUAAGCAGCAAAAAUGUUAACCUCAUCAGAAUGAAGUGCAGAAUGCACAAUUCAUUUCACUAGGUUUUACUUGGAGGUCAAAAAGCUCAACUUUAUUUCUGUUUCAUAUUGUCUAAACCCCUUGGAAGGUUUUCAUAAAACUCGCAUCAACUAUUAACAUCACCAAGAUGUCGUUUAGAGAGAACGACCCGGCUCGCUAUGUCCAAGGUCAAUGUCACACUUAGAAGUGGAAGAUCAAAUAGCUUAACUUCGUGUCCACUUUAUAUCUUCUUAACAGCAUGGUAGAUUUUUUUGUAAAACUAGCUUCAUUAUUUAACCUCAUCAAGAUGAAAGUAGAGCUCACAGUUCAGGUCACUAGGUUCAAGGUCAAGUUCACACUAGGAGGUCAAAGAACUUAAUUUUGUCCACUCCAUGUUGUCUAAACCACUGGAAAGAUUUUCUUAAAACUAACAUCAAAUGUUAACUUCAUCAAGACACCGUGCAGAGCACACAUUACAGGUCACUAGGUCCAAAGUCAAGGUCUUAUUUAGGUAAAAAAUCGAAUAACUGAAAUUCAUGUCCACUCAAUAUAUUUUUACCACAAAAAUGGGUUUCAUAGCAUUAGCGUCAAUUGUUAACUCAUCCAUAUGACAUGCAGAGUGCAAAAUUCAGGAAGUAAGUCCAAGGUCAGGGCCGCACUUAAAGAUCAAGGUCAAAUAGCUUAAUAUGUUUCCGCACAGUAUCUUCUUAAUCAAUUGAAGGUUUUCUAAAAUUAGCAUAACUUGUUAACUUCAGCAAAACAACAUGCAGAAUGUACAAUUUAGGCCACUAGGUCGAACGCCAAGGUCACAUUUGAAGAACAAAAGUCAUGAUCAUAACAUUUUACUUUCCAAGUAUCAAAGCAACGUCUGGGGAUAUUAAUCACCUUUAGUGAUAGCUCUAGUUAUGUUUCCCAUCAAUUAGUAUGGAAUAUAUUGAUUUAAUGUUGUUCUACUGUCUUCCAGUCUGUCAGUCUGUAUGUCUCCAACUUUGCCUGUGCAUCUUCGCCGACACUACAAGUGGAUUUUCACCAAACUUCACAAAAGUUAUUAUUACCAAACCGUGUUGUGCAUGACGUCGGCAUAUUCUGAUUCAUUUAUUUACAGUGCAGUUAUGGGCCUCGAUCAAAUCCGAUGAUAUUUUGGCAACUUCUCUUAUAUUUGUGGGCGGAUUUCCUCCAAACCUUACAGCAGUGACCAGUGCCAAGCCUAAUUUUGCAUAUUAUCGGAAUGUCACAGUUGAUCAAUUUUUUAUGAAGUUAUGGCCCUUGAUUUGUCGUAUUUUACCUUUUCCGGUAAUUUAUUUAUUUGUCAAAUUUUAUGAUGUGUUCUCAAAUUCUUUCGCACAAUUGGACAGAUUUCCACCAAAUCUUACACAGGAGUUAUCAAUGCCAAACUCAGUUCUGCAUAUCAUCAGCAUGUAUCGGUUCAGUGAUUUUAAGUAGAGUUAUAGCCCUUUAUUUUUUUUGGUAUUUUGCAUUAUUUACACUACUUGCUGUGUAACAUUGAGCUGAAUUUCACCAAACCUCACAAGUGAUCACUGUGACGUGUAGUUGUGCAUAUCAUGGGCAUGUUAUGUCCCUUUAUUUGUCAAAUCCUACUAUUGUCUGUUCUACUGCUCCUAUAGCACUGGAUGGAAUUACACCAAGCUCGAACUGGAAGGACCAGUGCCAAGCAGUGUUGGAUAUAUUGUUGGAAUGUUCUGGUUCAGUGAUUUUUACUAGUUACACAGACAAAUUUGUAGCAUUUUACAUUAUGUCUGUGUGUUAAGUGGUGGGGAAUACACAUUUUUCAUGAAAAAACAAUCACUAGAUGGAAAACGCUUUUAUUAGAAGCCGACGAAAUCAGAAUUUACACAAAAUCAGAGUUAUUGUCAUUUAAUCGAUUAAUUAGAAACUGUUAAGUAGUUUUUUUUGUGUACAUCAGGUGUCAUAUCUUUUCAAUGGUUGAUUCACUGAGUUGGUAUUUGUUGUGGAAGGGAAUAUAGGAAUGAAGUCCAUCCCUCUGUCUGUUUGUUUGUCUGUCCAACCGACUAGCCAUCACACUUUUUAGCUCACCUGUCACAAAGUGACAAGGUGAGCUUUUGUGAUCGCGCGGUGUCCGUCGUCCGUCGUCCGUCCGUCAGUCAGUCCGUGCGUGCGUCCGUAAACUUUUGCUUGUGACCACUCUAGAGGUCACAUUUUUCAUGGGAUCUUUAUGAAAGUUGGUCAGAAUGUUCAUCUUGAUGAUAUCUAGGUCAAGUUUGAAACUGGGUCACGUGCCUUCAAAAACUAGGUCAGUAGGUCUAAAAAUAGAAAAACCUUGUGACCUCUCUAGAGGCCAUAUAUUUCACAAGAUCUUCAUGAAAAUUGGUCAGAAUGUUCAUCUUGAUGAUAUCUAGGUCAAGUUCGAAACUGGGUCAUGUGCCUUUAAAAACUAGGUCAGUAGGUCUAAAAAUAGAAAAACCUUGUGACCUCUCUAGAGGCCAUAUAUUUCACAAGAUCUUCAUGAAAAUUAGUCAGAACGUUCAUCUUGAUGAUAUCUAGGACAAGUUCGAAACUGGGUUACGUGCCGUCAAAAACUAGGUCAGUAGGUCAAAUAAUAGAAAAACCUUGUGACCUCUCUAGAGGCCACAUUUUUCAUGGGAUCUGUAUGAAAGUUGGUCUGAAUGUUCACCUUGAUGAUGUCUAGGUCAAGUUCGAAACUGGGUCACGUGCGAUCAAAAACUAGGUCAGUAGGUCUAAAAAUAGAAAAACCUUGUGACCUCUCUAGAGGCCAUAUAUUUCAUGAGAUCUUCAUGAAAAUUGGUCAGAAUGUUCACCUUGAUGAUAUCUAGGUCAAGUUCGGAAGUGGGUCACGUGCCAUCAAAAACUAGGUCAGUAGGUCAAAUAAUAGAAAAACCUUGUGACCUCUCUAAAGGCCAUAUUUUUCAUGGGAUCUGUAUGAAAGUUGGUCUGAAUGUUCAUCUUGAUGCUAUCUAGGUCAAGUUCGAAACAGGAUCAUGUGCGGUCAAAAACUAGGCCAGUAGGUCUAAAAAUAGAAAAACCUUGUGACCUCUCUAGAGGCCAUACUUGUGAAUGGAUCUCCAUAAAAAUUGGUCAGAAUGUUCACCUUGAUGAUAUCUAGGUCAAAUUUGAAACUGGGUCAUGUGCCUUAAAAAACUAGGUCAGUAGGUCAAAUAAUAUAAAAACCUUGUGACCUCUCUAGAGGCCAUACUUUUCAUGGGAUCUGUAUGAAAGAUGAUUUGAAUGUUCUUCUUGAUGAUAUCUAGGUCAAGUUUGAAACUGGGUCAACUGCGGUCAAACACUAGGUCAGUAGGUCUAAAAUUAUUAAAAUCUUUUGACCUCUCUAGAGGCCAUAUUUUUCAAUGGAUCUUCAUGAAAAUUGGUCAGAAUAUUCACCUUGAUGAUAUCUAGGUCAGUUUCGAAACUGGGUCAUGUGCGGUCAAAAACUAGGCCAGUAGGUAUAAAAAUAGAAAAACCUUGUGACCUCUCUAGAGGCCAUAUUUUUCAUGAGAUCUUCAUGAAAAUUAGUGAGAAUGUUCACCUUGAUGAUAUCUAGGUAGAAUUCAAAACAGGGUCACGUACCUUUGAAAACUAGGUCAAUAGGUCAAAUAAUAGAAAAACAUUGUGACCUCUCUAGAGACCAUAUUUUUCAAUGGAUCUUCUUGAAAAUUAGUCAGAAUUUUUAUCUUGAUAAUAUCUAGGUCAAGUUCAAAACUGGGUCACAUGAGCUCAAAAACUAGGUCACUAUGUCAAAUAAUAGAAAAAACGACGUCAUACUCAAAACUGGGUCAUGUGGGAAGAGGUGAGCGAUUCAGGACCAUCAUGGUCCUCUUGUUUUGUUUGUAUCAGAACUUUAAAAUGGCUGAAAGAAUUGUGAAGAGUCCUGAUUUAUUGAUAAGUGGCAAUAACAUGUACAACAAUAUAUGGAUUUCUUUUUUUUUGCAUUGUUUGUGAAUUAUCUAAUUUUUAUAUGCCCCCCCCCCCCUCCACCACCUCCACAUUUUUGAGGGGUUCGGACACUUAGAUAUGCCUUUGUCGUCUGUCUGUCUGUCUACUUUGCAGGAUAUGUGUUUUGCAUAUCUCAAAGAGUCUUUGAAGUAGAAUCAUCAAACAUCUCAGGAUUAUUAUUCAACAUAAACCAUGACUUUCAUUUAGGAUUUCACUCGUUGUGGCCUUGAUUCUAUAUUAUGGUCUGCUUAAUUUGGGUCUCUGAUAGCUUAUAAUUAGUAAGAUAGUACUUUUAGUAGUAUAUUUUCCGCAAAUAAUUAACUUUAAUCACAAACAUACUACUGUUUUACAUUUCUAUUUUUCUCACCUGUCUAUGUGCUAUAGCAAGAUACUGCAUAUUCAUUUACUUUACCAUUCAAUGUAAGCUAGUUGCUUUUACCAGAAAGUUUUACAACUUUACGAUAUAAUUCAUAUUGAGAUAUUUUUAUGCCCCCAAAGGGAGGCAUAUUAGUUUUCAACUGUCCAGCCGUUCGUUCGUUAGUUAGUUCGUUCGUUCGUUCGUCACAAUGUUAACUUUUUGCAUGAAGGCACUUUACUCGCAAACCACUGCACCCAGGACCUUCAAACUUCACAUGCUGAUAGUACUUAUUGAGUACACGACCCUACUGACUUUGGGGUCACCAGGUCAAAGGUCAAGGCGCUGCGGGGGCAUUUGUCACCAUUAGUGACAGCUCUUGUUUAUUAUUUGUUAACAUUAAGAAGCUAUAAUUAAUCUUGGAAUGAUAUCUGAUAUCACUUUUUCAAACUGGUUUUAUAAACUCACAUUAGUGCAAAGUACUCUAGGGUUAGCUUAUGUCAUAACUCUUCUCCAGUCAUUGUUUGUUCUCCAUCUGUCAACAAUAUUACUGUUCAUAGACAUAAAUUUUCAGCACUCUUCAUGUAACCUUACAUAGAAUGUACAUAUCCACAAGAUCUCUAUCAAGCUAGAUAUUUGAGAGUAUUGCUUAUGUAAUAAUAAAGUUAUAUGCCCAUGAAUUUAUCAUAAUUGCCUUAUUUCACAUUGUUACUUUUUAUUUUUUGGAUUAAGUAGAAUAAAAGUGAUAAGUACCCCUUUAUCAAAGUGCCGAAUAUUGAAAAACAGGUUUUCAUGGUUAAGGUUAUUUCUAGUAUCAUGAAGUAAAUGCUCUUAUUUUUAUACGCCCGUCUCUGAAAGAGCGGGGCGUAUUAUGUAAACACUCGUGGCGGUCAGUCGGCAUCCAUCCAAAACAUAUCCGUUCUCUAAGUUGAUCAGUUUUCAUAAGAUCUUCACCGAACUUGCUGACAAUGUUUGUGAGCAUAAUAUCUCGGCCAGGUUCGAUAACCAGCUAAAUCGUCCCUUGCUCUCUUGGAUUAUGGCCUUUGUAUUACUCGAAAAACAGCGUUUUUUUUAGCCUUGUCCGCUCUCUAAGUCAAACAGUUUUCAUCCGAUCUUCACCAAACUUGCUGACAAUGUUUGGGGCCAAGUUCAUUAACCAGCCAAAUCGCCCCAGGCACUCUUGGAUGAUGGCCCUUGAAUUACUCAAAAAACUGCGAAUUUAGCCUUGUCCGCUCUAUAAGUCCCAACAGUUUUCAUCCGAUCUUCACCAAACUUGCUGACAAUGUUUGUGGGCAUAAUAUUCGAUAACCAGGUUCGAUAACCAGCCAAACUGCCCCAAGCAUUCUUGGAUUAAGGCCCUUUAAUUACUCGAAAAACUGCAAUUAUAGUCUUGACCGCUCUCUUAGUCAAACAGUUUUCAUCCGAUCUUCGUCAAACUUGCUGACAAUGUUAGUGUGCAUAAUAUCUUGGCCGAGUUCGAUUACCAGCCAAAUCGCCCCAGGCACUCUUGGAUUAUGGCCCUUGAAUUACUAAACAAACUGCGAGUUUGCCUUGUCCGCGCUCUAAGUCGAAGAGGUUUCAUCCGAUUUUCACCAAACUUGCUGACAAUGUUUAUGGGCAUAAUAUCUUGGCCAAGUACGACAACCACCCAAUGCCCCCCAGGCACUCUUGGAUUAUGCCCCUUGAACUACGCCGAGUUCAAUGACGGGCGUAUUUUGUGACAGUCAUGCACUCUUGUUUGUUUUGGUGACUGUCAAUUGUUGUAACUAUUGGUUCAACAACUAGGCCAUGAUCUACUAGUACUAUAACGUCUAGCACCCUGGUAAACAAAUUUGCCAGUACUUGUGUAGGGAUAAUACACGUUUUUUUCUGUAGUAACGUCUGCAGAAGCCCGCGGGAUUGUUUGUGACCGAGACCCAAGGGCCUCUGCAGACGUUAAUACACAAAACAAACGUGUAUUGUCGCUAUUCUUGCAUAAAAACAUAACACAACGACUAAAUGCAUUGUUUUCAUAAUUAUGUGAUGACUUUACGAUCGUAAGAGUCGAUUAAUAGGCUCUUAACACUUGGGUUUGCUGUAACUCUGUGAUUGCAGGUAUGCAAAUUUUGAUUCCAUACUACAUGUUUUUAUUUAAAUUUAUGUAAAUGAGAUGUGAAACCAAAAUUUGUAGUCCUGUUUGUCGCCAUAUAACUUAUACUGUGUUGGUGCGCCGUAAAAAUAAAUAAAUAAAUAAACAUUUUUAGUUACCAUUCGGUUGUUCUUGGAAACGGUAAACAUGUUUUAAAUAUCCAUAACCGGGACACACAUAUCAGCAACACUACCAAAAGCGUGAUUUGAAGGCUUUUGAGCAUCUUAUUUUUAUUUCUAGUUAUUACAAACGUUAAAUUACCCAUAAUUUUGCAUAUAACUUAAAAAUUUGAUUAACAGGAACACAAUUUUAAGGAUAAUAACUUUAUAUUCGAAUUAUUUUGAGUACGAACACAUUUAGAGUACGGAUGAGUGCGAACGUAGUGAUAAGUUUUCAAAUUUUCUAUCCGAAUUUUUCGCGAAAUUAAAUAAAAACAAUCCGACUGAUACUUUCAAAAAUCAUUAAAAUGAUUCCUAAAAAGGAUCAAUUGCGCAAGUUACACGCAUUUCUUACACAUUCACGGUUAUCAACAAAAAAUGAAUCGACUCCGAUUUCUAAAAGGGGUGUAAACAAGGGUGGAGCAAGUACAUACAAUUUUGGGGGUAGUGCGUUUGGAUUUGGUAACUGAUACAGCAAAACGUACUAUGGAUUAGAUUGAAUCUUUCACGCAACAUGAAGAGAAUAUUAUGUUACAAUCAAGACGCAGAUACCAGAUGUCAGUCUGCGCAGAAAUACAUAUAUACAUCCCCGACAAAGCAUUUCAAAAAUAAAAAUCGUGUACUAACAGCAUGUGAAUUGCCUUGUUUGCACACGAUUUUCCCCCCUUUAAUACUUGGGCGGAUCAAGUAAAAAAAGAAGUUUUUAUGCAAGAAUGUAUGUCGGCCUCUUCAUUCAUGAUUAGUCAGGACUGGUUAAAAAACUUUUAACAGGCGAUCACACAUGGUGUGUAGACAGACCACUAAGAGAUGUCCAUCCCCAGUUAACAUAUUUAUAAUCAAUGACCUAUGCUCAAAUAAAAUUUCAUAUUUCACUUACAUCUUGUUUUGAUUCUAACUUUUCGAUUGUUACAUCUCGAAAUGGAGAGGGGAAACAGAUUCUGAAUUUGGCGGAUGGUAACCCAUUACCUUGUAUGUGUUGAUCCCCGCCUCUAUUGUUUGGAUUGCUGAGAAGUGCACUGAUGAGAGUCACGGUGGAAAGAUGUUACUAAAGGAAUAUAAGAAUCACUGGCUGAAGGUGUGGAUAGAAAUAUCUGGCCCGAGGGAAACUGUUUACGGCUCUACUGAGUUACCGCAACCUUCAACUAGUGAUGAAUUCUUUUUCUUGCAUGUCGUAUUCUUUAAUUAAUAAUAGAAGAAAUGAUUGAAAACGAAUGUCAUUCUUUUGAGCAUUAUUGUAUAAUAGUAGCAUAUGAAUUUACGCAUUCAUUCAUAAAUUGCACCACAUGAGUCAUCUUGCACCUCUGGGUGUAAGACGAGUUUUUCUAGCAUCCGAAAAAACACUGGCAAAAUCUGUCUACCAUGCAAUAAAUGAAUUUUAAGUUAAAAGAAGUCCUUAAUUGUACACCUUUAAAAUUUGAUUCUAGAAGCUGCAUGCUACUUCAUCUCUAACUAUUCUCUAAUAAAGUACUGAUAUAUGCACCAGACGAAUGUAAUGCACAAAGGUAUUUGACCAGUAAGUGCUAUUGAUAAUUUUCUUACGACAACGUAUUCUUACGUUCCGAUAAUGCAACUCGUAAAAAUCAGGCUAAAAAGCCGUGGUUUGAUACAGAAUGUAAAAAUGCCAGGAAUAAGUAUUUGCAUGAUAAGAAUUAUUACAGAAGAAUUAAGUCGUUAGAAAGUUACGAAUCACUGGUUUCUAGUAGCAGAUCUUAUAAAAAAUUGUUGAAUAGUAAAGUAAGACAUUUUCAGCAAGGUGUAAGUAAGAAACUAGCAAACUUACGCUCUACUGACCCGAAAGCUUUUUGGGGACUAUUAAAUAAUACUCGAGUGAGAAAAAAGACACUAUUUCCAACAUUUCUAGUCAGGUAUUUUAUGAGCAAUUUUGUGAAAUUAAAUCAAGACAUUGUUAAUGUCGAGGAGGGGGAUACUGGUAGUUUGGAUAUUGAUUUGUUGCCUUGUAAUAAUGACAUGUUAAAUGCGGAAAUUACUGUUGGUGAGAUUAAAAAGAUUGUCAAAGGCUUGAAAAAUAGCAAAAGCCCUUCUGUGUUUGAUAAUAUACUAAAUGAGUACUUAAGAUAUGCGAAUAAUGAAAAUUUAUUGUCUCUUGUAUGUCAGUUGUUUAACAUUGUAUUGGAUUCAGGAUUUUUCCCUGAUGUUUGGAGUCGUGGAGUUAUUUUACCAAUAUAUAAAAAUAAAGGUGACAUUCAGGAUCCCAACAAUUACAGAGGCAUUGAUAUUCUAAGCUGUUUUGGCAAAUUGUUCACAAAUAUUUUAAAGGAAAGACUUAAUAGUUACUUAGAAGAUUACAAUCUACUUAAUGAAGAACAGACAGGCUUUCGUAAAACAUAUGGUACUGUUGAUCACAUAUUCUCUCUAAAACUAUUGAUUGAUUUUUAUUUAGGGUUUGGAAGAAAGAUGUACUGUGCUUUUGUUGAUCAUAGGAAAGCGUUUGACUUUGUGAAUCGAGUGUAUCUUUGGCAAAAAUUAUUGGCCCAUGAUGUAGAUGGAAAAUGUAUAAAAAUUAUUUAUAAUAUGUACACCAAAGCCAAAUCUUGUGUCAAAGUCAAUAAUGUGUUAUCUAGCUUUUUUAGUAGUCAAACUGGUGUGCGUCAGGGUGAAAAUUUAUCGCCCAUUUUGUUUUCAGUAUUUCUGAAUGAUCUUACUCAAUAUAUUUCAACAAAAUUUGAAGGUCUGGCUUCAAUGUCUACUUUUGAAUAUCUUAGUGAUGAUGAUAUGGAAGUUUAUUUAAGGAUUUUCUUGUUGUUGUACGCUGACGAUACAGUCUUGUUAGCAGAAAAUCAUAUUGAGUUACAGACAGCUUUAAAUGCGAUGCAUGAUUAUUGUAAGUUGUGGGGGUUGCAAGUUAAUGAGGAUAAGACCAAAGUGGUUGUUUUUAGUAAAUCUAAAUCGAAACGUAUUCCUGAUUUUUUUCUAUAAUGACAAAAGACUUGAAAUUGUUGAGGACUUUUCUUAUCUUGGUAUACUUUUUAAUUAUAAUGGCAUUAUUUCUAAAGCCAAAGCAAAACUUGUAGAACAGGCAAGACGUGCCAUGUUUUCGAUUAUCCAGAAAUCUCGUAAACUUAAUCUUACUAUCUCUAUGCAAUUACAUUUAUCUGAUACAAAGAUUGUACCAAUUUUGUUGUACGGAAGUGAGGCCUGGGGUGUUGAAAAUCUUAAGAUUUUAGAACAAUUUCAUUUAAAAUUUUGUAAAUUCAUCUUGAAUUUGAAACCAUCCACACCAAAUUGUAUGGUGUACGGUGAGUUAGGUAUGUUGCCUAUAACGCUGCAGGCCAAAUCUAGAUUAUUAUGUUAUUGGAGCAAAUUAUUAAAUACUAAAGAUAAUAAAAUUUGUAAAAUAUUGUAUAAAACUAUUUUGCAUUUGCAUAACAGCAAUAUACAUACUUCCCCUUGGAUAUCAUUUGUUAAGUGUAAUCUUGACGAGCUUGGUUUGUCUGAAUAUUUUAUUAACCAAAAGGUUACAAACUUGAGACAUUUCAAAUCACUGGUUAAGACUAGAUUGCAAGAUCAUUUUGUACAAAACUGGAAUAACUCUGUUGAUAACUCUCAUAAAUGUCUUGUAUAUCGUAUGUAUAAAAAAGUACAUUGUUUUGAAAAAUAUCUGGAUAUCUUGCCACAUAAUUUAGCUAAGACUCUUUGUAAAUUUAGAACUAUGAAUCAUUCUUUACCUACUGACAAGGGAAGACAUUAUAACAUUGAACGUUGUGAAAGAAAAUGUACACUUUGUGACAAACAUUCAAUUGGGGAUGAAUUUCACUAUCUAUUUGAAUGCGACUUCUUCAGUGCCAGUAGAAAAAAGUCAGUGCCAAAAUAUUAUUUUAACCAUCCUAGUUCAUUCAAAUUAGAUGAUCUUAUGAAUUGUAAAAUUAAGUCAAAACUUAUUAAACUAGCAUUAUUUUGUAAAACCAUUUUGUCUAAGUUAAAAUAAUUUCAUUCUCCAUGUAAAAUAUAUUGAUCUCAUAGUUGGAUGCACAUGUGUAACUCUUAGAAACAGUAAAAUGACAUAGCUUUAUUUUUUAAAUUUUUUUUAGAUAACAAUAUGCUGCUUUUUUGUUUUGUACACUUAGCAUUGUCUUUGAAAUUACUGAUUCAAUAUGUGUAUCAUUGUUUUAAUCACAUGAAUUUAUAUGCCCUGAUGUAGAAAUAAACUUGAAACUUGAAACUCGUACGAGCAUUUGGCUUUCCGGAAAUUUCCGAUCACUUC